UUGCUUACAUCACUUAUUUAGGAAUUCAUUGUGUGAACACCAAAUACAUUUGACUAGUCCAAUAUAACCAUCAAUAGAGUCAAACAAAGUUGGCUUAAACGAAAAUAAUAUAAAUAACACAUCAACCCUUUUCAUUUCUCAUAAAUUUGAACCCUUAAUUACACUUUAACACACAUAAACAUACAUAACAAUGGCAAGCUUAACAGAAACACAAGAGAAGCCAAAGAUAAAGAUCUAUUCAUGGUGGAGGAGUUCGGCAUCGGCUCGAGUUCUUAUAACCCUCCAUUUGAAAGGGCUUGAUUAUGAAUACAAAGAGAUUAAUAUACUUAAAGGUGAUCAGUUUACACCUGAGUUCAAGAAGAUUAGUCCAAGAAGCUUUGUGCCUGUUUUAGUUGAUGGUGAUGUUGUUAUAACUGAAUCAACUGCUAUCAUACAAUAUUUGGAAGAAAGGUAUCCUCAACCUUCUAUUUUGCCCCCACAAGGUGAAUUUCAAAAGAGAGCACUCCAUUAUCAGGUUGCAAGCAUGAUCAACGCAAGUAUGCAACCAUUCAUAAACAUACAAGUAUUGAAAUACAUUGAAGAAAAAGUUGGGGCUGAAGAAAGAAUACCGUGGGCUCAUAUCUAUUUUAAGAAAGGUUUUUCAGCAUUGGAAAAUCUACUAAAAGAACAUUCUGGAAAGUAUGCAAUUGGGGAUGAAGUUGGCAUGGCAGAUGUUUUCUUAGCACCUGAAAUUGAUGGUGCUGUUAAAUUAUUUAAUCUCGACAUGAACGAAUUUCCUUUAUUGAAGAAAUUGAGUGAUGACACGUAUCAUCAGUCUAAGCCAUUCCUGGAUGCUGUCAUUCAGUCACAGCCUGAUGCUUGAUAACAACAUUAUAUGUAGUUAUAUACUUUCUCCGGUUUUAAAUACUCCUAAUAUUUAUUUCAUCAAUAAUAUUUUUGGGUUUUAAUUUGUUGAUUUUGUAAUGUAUGAUGUGGUUUUCUUGAUUAGUCAAGGGAUUUCAUCUUAUUUUUGUUUGAAAGUGUGUACAAGUUUGUACUAUUUGGAUUUACUGAGUGUAUUAUUCCCUUUUUAUUGAAAUUUGUUAUGGUAAUAAAAUGUAUUAAUAAAUGAUGUUUCUUGGUGAUUAAUCUAAUAUGUCCCUCAACUUUACCGGCAAACUGAUGCAAAUGGUGAUCAUAUUAAUACAUCUUUCAAUUCAUAGAAAAUGUUUUAUUUUUUUAGGUCACUUUACUGUAAUUAUCUCAAUUUUAAUUUAAAUAAUAAUUUUUGAUAAAUGAAAUUUUUUUAAAAAAGUGAUAACAAACGAAAAGAGAGAAUGAAUUGUAUUGAUGAAAUUGAAAGAGAUCUAAAAUAUAUGAAUGUAAUUAAAAGAAAGUGGUGGACCAUUAUUCUAGUGCUAAAUUAAGUGAGAUAAACUAAAAUAGAAAAUAAUGCAAAUUCAAUGGAACGAAGGAAAUAUAUGUAAACUUAAUAGGGCCGGCCCCAAACAAGUGCAAAAUGUGCCUACGCCUAGGGCCUCCCAAAAAAUAUUAGUUUUCAACUAGUGCUAAGGUUUAAACUUUUCUAUAUAUACAAUAAUUUAGGAGCCCACAAAUAAUCGGGUCAGCCCUAUAUAAACAAUUUUUGCGGUGUCCCGUCUUAAUUUGUAGAUGUAGGCAUUUGUUAGUCUUUUUUGAAAUGAAAUACACAAGAAACAUUUAUAUAUAAAUUUUACCAUAGGUAAAUAUCAACAAACAGUUAAUGUGACUCCAUGGCCCAAUGGAUAAGGCGCUGGUCUACGGAACCAGAGAUUCUGGGUUCGAUCCCCAGUGGAGUCGUUUAUUUUUAUAAACUCAGAUUUUCAUUAUUUUAAUCUCCGAUUCAAGCUGACUAAAUGACUUGGGCAAGGUAAAAAAAGUGAGCAAAGAAUUCAGAUAACAUUUGUAUUCUAAUAGUGCAAAACCAAGUUCAGGUCAUUUUUCAAUACAAAAUUGGAAAAAACUUGAGACUUUGUACAUAAUCUAUCAAGGGGAAUAGGAGGAUCCGAGAAAGAACCAUCCAAAACCUGGUUUGCAACCCAAUGAUUGGCAGCUUCUGUGUAACGUAGACUGUCCCAACUUAUGUAUUCCCUUGGAUUACUGCAUGGAGUUGCAUAAACUGCAGUUUUGUUCACUCUCUCUAUGUUCCAACAAUGCAAUCGAGAACAGUUAGCAUGCUUACAGCAGUAACCUAGUGGAUCAACAAAAC